UAUACGUUCUGUCGUUGCUUUGCACAGGAUAAUGACAACGUUCUCGAUCGCUUGAAACUCUGGGUCUGUUCCGGAGAAACUUUGUCGGUUGCAUUGGCCAAUCAAUUUUUUACCACUUUUCACAACAAGGACAAGAUAUUAGCUAAUUUCUACGGUAGCACGGAAGUCAUGGGUGACGUUACAUAUUACCUAUUAAACAAACGGGAACAAUUGCAAGGGAUGGAGAAAGUGCCAAUCGGAAAGCCGAUCGACAACUGCAUAAUUUAUCUCGCAAACAAGAACUUGCGACUGAUCCCUGAGGGAGAAGUCGGAGAGCUGAUCGUGGCUGGAAAAAAUCUUGCCGCGGGUUACAUAUGUGAACAAGAUACAGAUAAAUUUUUGAACAAUCCUUAUGUCAUUGAUCCAGAAUAUCCAAAAAUCUUUCGUACGGGUGAUUACGCCAAAAUUGUCAAAGAGACGUUAAUUUACGAAGGACGAUCUGCGGAUUCGCAGAUCAAAAUUAGGGGUCACCGUGUCGAUUUCACGGAAGUUGAGAAGGUGGUCGCCAGGAUACCCAAUAUUGAUAAAGUUGUGGUUCUCUGUCACAAACCCGGCAAACUGUCACAGGUAAAUAUUUCACUACAUAUGUGUGCAAAAUAAAACGUAAAUAUGUUGAAAAACAUUCACAAAAAAUAAUUCUUUUAAAAUUUUCCCUAAAUAUCUUAU